AACAGCUCCAGAGCGCUUCAUCUGCUCGCGGCGGGCUCUACCUUCCCCGGCCGCAGGCUGUACACCUUUCUUCAUUCACAUUCUGCUUUUCAAGCGCAUCUGUCGCGCCACUUGGCAUCGGACGCUUGUAUUCUGUCGCCUUUCCCUAUUUUCCUCUGACUGCAAGCGUAGACGCCGUGCAGUAUGUUUGAGCAGCUCAGAGGAUGGAGCGCCAAUGUAUGGCAGCAUCCAUCAGCAUUGCGACACCUUGACUUUAUCGCAUGGCACUAUCUCUACCUCAUUGGCAUGGUCUUGAUUGGCAGCGGCCUGAUGAGCGCCAGCGGAGGCAUCCGAUACAUUGACGCCCUCUUCAUCGCGAGUAGUUCAUGCACACAGGCAGGCUUGACGACACGCAACAUCAAUACACUCACAACAUGGCAGCAGGUGGUCAUCUACCUCCUCGCUCACUUGACGAAUCCCAUCGUGAUCCAUUCUGCAACUGCCUUUAUUCGUCUCCACUGGUUUCAGCGACGGUUCGACCACAUUGUCAAGGAAACACGCAUGCAGCUGAGUAUGCGACGCACACGGUCUCGUGCUGUUUCCAUCGACCAUGAAGAGCGCGGUGUCGGUGGUCGAGAGAUUCGCGUGCUGUUUGAUCGCACCAUUCGGCCUUCCUUUGGACCUCCUCCUGAUUCUGCCAAUGAUGAAGGCACCAUGCCUGACCGGUCCCAUCGCAGACGACGCUCUUCGAUAGCAGAGCGCAUCUCUCUCAGUAAUAUCCUGCCUCGCAAGAACUCUGUCGCCGUAGAGGAUGCGGAAGAGCCUAUUGUGACGCUGGGCGUACGCAAGAGCCACGAGCAGCGUAUGGAAAAGCUGGACUCCAUUAAAGGCAGCAAUAGCGGUUCUUCAAGGUCAAGCUAUCCAACACAUGCAAAAGAACCAGAGAGCGAGGCGGAUGCGGACGCAGAAGUAGCAGAUGCUCGCACAACGAACCAAGACAUUCGUUUUGCAGAUCUACCUAUGCCAAGGACGCGCACAGCCAUGGCAGAUGAGAAUAACGAUGCGAAUGGUGGCGAUUUGCGUCGUAGCCGGACAGCGGAUCCAGGUCGCUCCUCUCUCACAGCAACCAUUUUGAAUUUCGGUCAACGGACCAUGACAAUGGAUGGACCGAGCACUAAUCGUGUUGUCCGACGCCGUGCUCAGUCCGGUACACGGCUACCGCGCGUCAGUACUCUGGACCAAGCAGUCUCGAGUGCAUUUCGUCGGAGAAGGGAUAGUAGUCCUGCGAGUACAUCAAGAAGAUCACGACAGACUAUGACACUGCCGUACAUAUCCUUUCAACCGACCAUCGGCCGCAACUCUGCCUUUGUUGAACUGACUUCAGAGCAGCGACGCGAGCUAGGCGGCAUUGAGUAUCGCGCUACAAAGACGCUGUGUGUGGUACUCGUUGUCUUCUACGUCGGCUUCCACCUUAUUGGCUUCAUUUGCUUUAUUGCCUUUAUUUACACGGCACAGCAGUACAUCCCUGUUGUGCAGAACGAUGCCGUCUCGCGCGGCUGGUGGUCGGUCUUUACGUCCGCCUCAGCCAUGAAUGACUUGGGUCUGACACUCAACCCGGACUCGUUUGUUUCCUUUCAGAAUGCCUCUUUUCUGCUUCUGGUUGCCUCUGCAUUGAUUGUCAUUGGCAACACUGGCUUCCCGUGUAUGUUGCGAUUCGUCAUUUGGGUGACCUACAAAAUCUGGCCACGGGAUUCACCGAGGCGCGAGGAGUUUGCCUUUCUACUCGAUCAUCCGAGGCGUUGCUUUACGCUGCUCUUUCCCUCAAAAGCAACCUGGUGGCUUGUUUCGAUACUCGUUGCAUUCAAUGGCAUUGACUUGCUGCUCUUCAUGGUACUCGACCUCAACAAUCCCGAAAUCACAGCCAUUCCCGUCGGCUACCGUUUGGUGGACGGCCUCUUCCAAGCGUUUUGCACACGAACCGCUGGUUUUAAUGUGGUCAACAUCAGCUCACUCCAUGCAGCUGUCAUUGUCUCGUACAUGAUUAUGAUGUACGUCUCUGUCUUCCCUGUUGCCAUCAGUAUUCGCCGGACGAAUGUGUAUGAGGAGCGCAGUCUUGGCAUCUACUCGCAUGAAGAUGAUACGGCGGAUCCAUCCUUCAUUGGCACACAUGUCAGGCGACAGCUUGGAUUUGAUUUAUGGUACAUCUUCCUUGCGCUCUUCAUCAUUUGCAUCAUUGAGAACCCGAAACUCGGGACAACGGAGGAGGAUGGCGUGAGUAUCUUCAACAUUUUGUUUGAGAUCAUCUCAGCCUAUGGGACAGUCGGUCUGAGUCUUGGGUUUCCAGGCGUGGACUACAGCUUGAGUGGUAAGCUUGCGUCGCUGAGCAAGCUGGUGAUUAUUGCCCUGCAGAUUCGUGGACGGCAUCGUGGCUUGCCCCUGAAGCUCGACCGUGCCAUCUUGCUGCCCUCUGAAAAGCUGAAUGCACGGGAGGAUGAGGAUAACCAGCUGCGGCGGGGCAGAACGCGGUCCAUGUCCAUGGGCGGUGAUGAGAGUGGUACGGUUCCUGCACCCUGAGUCCUUGUACUCGCCAGUCAUAGCAGUAGCGUCUCAUCUUUUUCCUUUCGCAGCGACGACAAAUUUCAAUUUCAAACUUGCAUCCAGCACAAGCUUGAUUGAGAGCUUACAGAUGGCAGAUAUAGAGACAUCAGACAAUGUCGCAGUCUCCGCUUCAUUCGAGGCGAUGGGAUUGAAGGAGGAACUAUUGCGCGGC